AUGGACAGGAUUGAUCAGCAGAGACCAGACUCUCCUGUACCCAGCUGUGUGUCCCUGAAGAGUGAUCACUCUGUAGGUCACCCUCUGAACUUCAAAGAUGGACGCCACCCCCUUGAUAAAAGGAUUGAUCAGCAGAGACCAGACUCUCCUGUACCCAGCUGUGUGUCCCUGAAGAGUGAUCACUCUGUCGGUCACCCUCUAAACUUCAAAGAUGGACGCCACCCACUUGAUAAAAGGAUUGAUCAGCAGAGACCAGACCCCCCUGUACCCAGCUGUGUGUCCCUGAAGAGUGAUCACUCCGUAGGUCAUCCUCUUAACUUCAAAGAUGGACGCCACUCAUUUGAUAAAAGGAUUCAUCGGCAGAGACCACACCCCCCUGUACCCAGCUGUGUGUCCCUGAAGAGUGAUCACUCUGUAGGUCACCCUCUGAACUUCAGAGACAGAGUGGACCAGGACAGGUUAGAGACUGGUCAGUCUGUCCAGCAGCGUCACACAGACCUGAGCACCAUAUUCAUGGGUCUUGAAGAGAACAUUGUCACCUUUGUGAAGAAGGAGCUGAAGAGCUUCCUGGAGGUUCUUCAUCUCAGCUCAGAGGGGCGGAGGGAGGACGAGGAGGUGCUGGAUGAUGAAGAGCAAGAGCAGAUGAAGAGCAGCAGGGAGGCGUUUCUGGAGAUCACACUGCACUUCCUGCGGAGAAUGAAGCAGGAGGAGCUGGCCGACUCUUUAUACAACAAUUCAGAAACGGUUGCUCCAUCGUGCCGGAACAAACUGAAAUCUGGUCUCAAAAGGAAGUUCCAGUUUGUGUUUGAGGGGAUUGCCAAGACAGGAAACCCAACCCUUCUGAACCAGAUCUACACAGAGCUCUACAUCACAGAGGGAGGGACUGGAGAGGUCAAUGAUCAACAUGAGGUCAGACAGAUUGAAACAACAUCCAGGAAACCAGUCAGACCAGAAACAACCAUCAGACAAGAAGACAUCUUUAAAGCCUCACCCGGAAGAGACGGACCAAUCAGAACGGUGAUGACAAAGGGAGUGGCUGGCAUCGGGAAAACAGUCUUAACACAGAAGUUCACUCUGGACUGGGCCGAAGACAAAGCCAACCAGGACAUACAGUUCACAUUUCCAUUCACCUUCAGAGAGCUGAAUGUGCUGAAAGAGAGAAAGUUCAGCUUGGUGGAACUUGUUCAUCAUUUCUUUACUGAAACCAAAGAAGCAGGAAUCUGCAGGUUUGAUCAGUUCCAGGUCGUGUUCAUCUUUGACGGUCUGGAUGAGUGUCGACUUCCUCUGGACUUCCACAACACUGAGAUCCUGACUGAUGUUACAGAGUCCACCUCAGUGGACGUGCUGCUGACAAACCUCAUCAGGGGGAAACUGCUUCCCUCUGCUCGCCUCUGGAUAACCACACGACCUGCAGCGGCCAAUCAGAUCCCUCCUGAGUGUGUUGACGUGGUGACAGAGGUCAGAGGGUUCACUGACCCACAGAAGGAGGAGUACUUCAGGAGGAGGUUCAGAGAUGAGGAGCAGGCCAGCAGCAUCAUCUCCCACAUCAAGAAAUCACGAAGCCUCCACAUCAUGUGCCACAUCCCAGUCUUCUGCUGGAUCACUGCUACAGUUCUGGAGGAGGUGUUGAAAACCAGAGAGGGAGGAGAGCUGCCCAAGACCCUGACUGAGAUGUACAUCCACUUCCUGGUGGUUCAGCUAAAACUGAAGAAGGUCAAGUAUGAUGGAGGAUCUGAGACGGAUCCACACUGGAGUCCAGAGAGCAGGAAGAUGAUUGAGUCUCUGGGAAAACUGGCUUUUGAGCAGCUGCAGAAAGGAAACCUGAUCUUCUAUGAAUCAGACCUGACAGAGUGUGGCAUCGAUAUCAGAGCAGCCUCAGUGUACUCAGGAGUGUUCACACAGAUCUUUAAAGAGGAGAGAGGCCUGUACCAGGACAAGGUGUUCUGCUUCGUCCAUCUGAGUGUUCAGGAGUUUCUGGCUGCUCUUCAUGUCCAUCUGACCUUCAUCAAGUCUGGACUCAAUCUGCUGUCAGAAGAACAAUCAACCUCCAAGAAGUCUGAACCAAGACAAGACAAAUCUGCAGAGACAAAUUUCUACCAGAGAGCUGUGGACGAGGCCUUACAGAGUCCAAAUGGACACCUGGACUUGUUCCUCCGCUUCCUCCUGGGUCUUUCACUGCAGACCAAUCAGACUCUCCUACGAGGUCUGAUGACACAGACAGGAAGUGGCUCACAGACCAAUCAGGAAACAGUCCAGUACAUCAAGAAGAAGAUCGAAGAGACUCCCUCUGCAGAGAAAAGCAUCAACCUGUUCCACUGUCUGAAUGAACUGAAUGAUCGUUCUCUAGUGGAGCAGAUCCAACAGUCCCUGAGAUCAGGAAGUCUCUGCACAAAUAAACGGUCUCCUGCUCAAUGGUCAGCUCUGGUCUUCAUCUUACUGUCCUCAGAAGAAGAUCUGGACGUGUUUGACCUGAAGAAAUACUCUGCUUCAGAGGAGGCUCUUCUGAAGCUGCUGCCAGUGGUCAAAGCCUCUAACAAAGCUGUACUGAGUGACUGUAACCUCUCAGAGAGAAGCUGUAGAGCUCUGGCCUCAGUCCUCAGCUCCCAGUCCUCUAGACUGAGACACCUGGACCUGAGUAACAACGACCUGCAGGACUCAGGAGUGAAGCUGUUGUCUGCUGGACUGGAGAGUCCACUCUGUACACUGGAGACUCUCAGUCUGUCAGGAUGUCUGGUCACAGAGGAAGGCUGUGCUUCUCUGGCCUCAGCUCUGAGCUCCAACCCCUCCCACCUGAGAGAGCUGGACCUGAGCUACAAUCAUCCAGGAGACUCAGGACUGAAGCGUCUGUCUGCUGGACUGGAGGAUCCAGACUGGAGACUGGACACUCUCAGAGUGGACCACGGUGGAGCCGGGCAGUUGAAACCAGGUCUGAGGAAGUGUAAGUGUUGUAGCUUGAGAGGUCACAGUGAUAAUAAAUGUCUUCUUGUUUUAUAACUGUAUCAUAUGAAACUCGGCUUUGUUGUUGUUGCAGAUGCCUGUGAACUCUCACUCGACCCGAACACAGCACACAGAAACCUCAAACUGUCCGACAACAACAGAAAGGUGGCAACUGUGAGAGAACAGCAGCCCUAUCCCGAUCACCCCGACAGAUUUGACGACUGCCUUCAGCUGCUGUGUCAAACUGGUCUGACUGGGCGCUGUUACUGGGAGGUCGAAUGGAAGGGAAUGGUCUGCGUUGGACUGACCUACAGAGGAAUCAACAGGAAAGGAGAAGGUGCUGACUGCUUACUGGGAGGGAACGAUCAGUCCUGGAGUCUGUACUGCUCUGGGAAGACUUACUCUGUUCAUCACAAAAGCAAAGGAAGAGACACGUGUUCCCCAUCUUCCCUCUCCAACAGAGUGGGAGUGUAUCUGGACUGGCCUGCUGGUACUCUCUCCUUCUACAGUGUCUCCUCUCACACAGUGACCCACCUCCACACCUUCAACACCACCUUCACUGAACCCGUCUACCCCGUGUUCAGGGUGGGGUUUCAGCUGAGGCUCUUCGGCUCGUCAGUCUCUCUGUGCGAGCUGUAGGACGAAGGCUCGU